CGCUCAGGGCUAGGGUUUUUGGAAUUCUAUAUAUAAAGGAAUCUGCGUGCUCGUUCGCAGCCUCUCGCGCACCUCCUUGGAUCGGGAUCCGUAGGCGAGCGCCGGAGGCGUCGGUGGAGGAGAAGCAGCCAUGGUUCACGUCAGUUUUUAUAGGAACUACGGGAAGACCUUUAAGAAGCCCCGUCGUCCCUAUGAGAAGGAGCGGCUUGAUGCUGAGCUGAAGCUUGUCGGUGAGUAUGGGCUCCGCUGCAAACGAGAACUCUGGAGAGUCCAGUAUGCGCUGAGCCGAAUCCGUAAUGCUGCGAGGGAUCUUCUCACGCUUGAUGAGAAAAACCCUCGUCGGAUUUUCGAGGGAGAGGCCCUCCUCCGCCGGAUGAACCGUUAUGGGCUCCUCGAGGAAGGCCAGAACAAGCUAGAUUAUGUCCUGGCCCUCACAGUGGAGAACUUCUUGGAGCGCCGUCUGCAGACUCUCGUCUUCAAGUCGGGAAUGGCAAAGUCUAUCCACCAUGCUAGGGUUCUCAUCAGGCAGCGCCACAUCAGAGUUGGGAGGCAAGUGGUUAACAUCCCAUCAUUCAUGGUGAGGGUGGAUUCAGCAAAGCACAUCGACUUCUCCCUGACGAGUCCAUUUGGUGGUGGCCGUCCUGGGAGAGUGAAGAGAAGGAACCAGAAGGCAGCAGCAAAGAAGGCAGCUGGGGGUGAUGGUGAUGAGGAGGAUGAGGAAUGAGGAAUAAGGAAUAUGCAACUAUCCUAGUCGAAUUCUGGUCUUCUAUUUCUUUUGCACUUGAGUUAUUAGUUAUCUGAACAUUUUGCACAAGUGUUAUUGCAGGAAGUUACCUUAGUGUUUUCUAAUGUUGAAAUCAUGGAGUAGACACGUAUUCAUCUAUUUUGGCUUAAAAGGUUAGUGUCUCGAUCAA